GGUUAGAAAAUUGAAAUUGCACAAAGCCGGUGGUGAAUUCCUGGCUGCAUUUGAUUCUUUAUUUGUGAUAAUCGUUCCUUCUAAGUUGGAGUAAAUUUAAUAAGUUAAGAAUAAUUGUUGGCAUCAUGGAACUCGAAGGGGCCAAUUUAAUUACACUCAGCGAUUAUUUGCACCGCACACUGAGCCCAGAUGUAGAUGUCAGAAGACCCGCUGAAAAAUUCUUGGAAUCAAUUGAAGGAAAUCAGAAUUAUCCGGCUUUAUUGUUGCAUCUAGUUGAGAAACAGCACAUUGACUUGACAAUUAGGAUAGCUGGUGCUGUGGCCUUCAAAAACUACAUCAAACGUAAUUGGAAAAUUGAUGAAGAUGGAGUUGAUAAAAUUCACGCCCAAGACCGUGAAGCAAUAAAGAAACUAAUAGUAAACCUGAUGCUGCAUUCGCCAGACUCGAUUCAAAAGCAACUAUCAGACGCAGUGUCAAUAAUCGGACGUCAUGAUUUUCCGAACAAGUGGCCAGAUCUCAUCGACCAGAUGGUGGACAAAUUCAACACAGGAGACUUCCACAUUAUCAACGGAGUCCUCCAUACAGCCCACUCCCUCUUCAAACGUUAUCGCUACGAAUUCAAGAGUCAAACUCUCUGGGAGGAGAUUAAAUUUGUCCUCGAUAAAUUCGCUAAACCCUUGACCGAUCUCUUCCUGGCGACGAUGAACCUCACCCAGGUUCAUGCUAAUAAUGUUGAAGCUCUCAAGGUCAUUUAUAACUCAUUGACGAUUCUGAGCAAAGUUUUUUACUCGUUAAACUUUCAAGAUUUGCCGGAAUUUUUCGAGGAUAAUAUGGAAAUAUGGAUGGGAAAUUUUCACACUUUAUUAACUACUGAUGUUCCUCUCCUAAAAACCGAUGACGACGAAGAGGCUGGAGUGAUCGAACAGUUGAAAUCACAAGUCUGUGACAACAUAGUUCUUUAUGCACAAAAGUACAAUGAAGAGUUUCAGAAUUAUGUGCCUAAAUUCCUGGAGGCCAUCUGGGCACUUCUCAACAGCACAGGCCAGCAACCGAAGUAUGAUGCACUUGUUUCCAACUCACUUCAGUUUUUGGUGACUGUUGCUGAUAGAGAUCAGUACAGACCCCUAUUCGAAGAGCCUCAGAACCUCAGGAACAUCUGCACGAAUCUCAUUACACCGAAUAUCGAGUUCAGGGAGUCUGAUAACGAACUGUUUGAGGAUAAUCCUGAGGAGUACAUCAGGAGGGAUAUCGAGGGCAGCGAUGUUGAUACUAGACGCAGAGCUGCUUGUGAUCUUGUCAAGGUUCUGGCGAAGUACUUUGGGGCUAAAGUUAUGGAGAUUUUCGGAGUUUUUAUUAUGGAACGUCUAGCAGAAUAUGCAGCAAAGCCGUCAGAAAACUGGCGCAAGAAGGACGCAGUAAUCUACCUAGUGACCUCCAGUGCAAGUAAAGGUCAAACCCAGAAGCACGGAGUGACCCAGAGCAAUGAAUUCGUGCCUUUACCCCAGUUCGCCGCCCAGCACAUUGAACCAGAGUUGGCAAGGCCAGACAUCAACGAAUUUCCAGUCUUGAAGGCAGACGCCAUAAAGUUCAUCAUGACGUUCAGGUCCAUCCUCCCACGAGUGCUAGUGGUGGGUAGUCUUCCCCACAUGAUCAGACACCUGACAGCCUCAAGCCCAGUGGUCCACAGUUACGCAGCCUGCGCCAUCGAGAAGAUCCUAGCUCUAAAGGGGCCCAACAACGUCGUCAUCGUGAUGGGCGAGGAGAUUGCUCCACUCGCCGCUGACCUCCUCAAAGGCCUCUUCGCUCUCCUAGAACUGUCAGGAUCAGGGGAGAACGAGUAUGCGAUGAAAGCAAUCAUGAGAAGCUUUGGAACUCUAAAAGAGAACGUUGUGCCAUUCUUGGGAGAUCUUCUACCAAAAUUAACGGAGAAGCUGGCAAUCGUCGCCAGAAACCCCAGCAGACCCAACUUCAAUCACUACCUCUUCGAGACCCUUGGUCUGUCCAUCAGAAUCGUCUGCAAGACCAAUCCUGAGGCUGUAAUUUCCUUCGAGCAGGUCCUCUUCCCAAUUUUCCAGGGGAUUCUUCAGCAAGAUGUCCAAGAGUUCAUGCCCUACGUAUUCCAAAUACUGGCACUUCUGCUGGAGCUUCGCACUGGGCAAGAAGUACCUGAGCCCUACAUGGCCCUGUUUCCUUGUCUCCUGGCUCCAGUUUUGUUCGAGAGACAGGGGAACAUUCAUCCUCUCAAUCGACUGCUUCAGGCGUUUGUCAGUCGUGGGGCACACCAAAUCAUCGCGCAGGACAAGACCAGUGGACUGCUUGGAGUCUUCCAGAAGCUGAUUGCUUCGAAGGCCAACGAUCAUGAAGGGUUUUUACUGAUGCAAACGAUCAUUGAGAGUUUUCCUCCUAAUGUUCUGGAGCCCUUCAUGAAGCAAAUAUUUGUUCUGCUAUUUCAAAGACUCUCUUCCACGAAGACUACGAAGUUUGUGAAGGGUCUUAUUGUCUUCUUCGCGUAUUACAUCAUCAGGUAUGGAGCUUCGACCCUCGUCUCGAUGAUCGAUCAGAUCCAACCGCAGAUGUUUGGGAUGGUGCUGGAGAGAGUCAUCAUCGCAGAUUUACAGAAAGUUUCCGGGGAGAUUGAGAGGAAAGUUGCGGCUGUGGGAAUGUCCAAUCUACUUAUUGAUUGUCCUGCGAUGAUUGAGAAUCCUUAUAAUGUGUUUUAUCCGAAACUUUUGGCUACUCUGGUGGAGUUCUUUGAACUCCCCCAGGAUGAGACUUCCCUGCCUGAAGAUCUGCUCAUGCCGGAGAUCGAGGAUAAUCCUGGGUAUCAGGCGGCCUACAGCCAGCUCCUCUGCGCCAGGAAUCCGAGGAAAGAUCCACUAGAAGCUGUUGGCGAUGUUCGAUUGCAUCUGGCCCAGGGACUCGGUCGACUACCCCCUGGACAGCUUCCAGGUCUCCUCGGACAAAUUCCAGAACCUAAUGCCAAUCACCUGAGAACUUACUUACAAACUGCAGGCAUAAGUGUUGCAUAAUACGAAAUUAACGUUCGUCAAAAAUUGAAGUUACAUUUAAUGUCACGUAAAUUCAAUAAUAUCGAACUGAACAAGCUGUAAUCGAUGAGGGGAAGAAAACUGGAAAAAAUGAAAAAACACAGUGUCAAGUUUGGCCGGAUAUUUUUUUAAUGCUGAAAACCGUUGAUUUUACAUACUCGUUAAGUAAAUAAUUUUCUUUGCAUUGCUCCCCGUAUACUGUUGUAAUGCUGAGCAUUAGGGGAACAUUGUAAUCUGUAGGAAUCAAUUCUUGAGGAGACAGAGCUAAUGAUUUUAAUACGAAAUUUUCUCAGUGAAAGAACGUAAUCAUCAGUCUUUUGGCAUGAUAACUCUAUGUACAAUGAAAAAAUAAAGUUGAUCAAAUUUUGAUAA